GCUUCAAUUACCAUUGGUUUUUUAAAAGCACUGGUUUACAUGCUGGAAAAAUCGGCUAGUCAAAAUCCUCCCCUCUUUUUUUGUUUCAAUUAACUCGACUAAUCGGCGAAUUUCUUUUCCAUACACUUUUACAUUAUUUUUUCUUUCGCCCUUGUAAUUUCUCUACACACAUUUACAUACAUACGCUUUUAUAAAGAACAGCCUUAAGAAAAGCUUUAGAACAGAAGAAGCAAAAUGGUGAAUCCGGGAUACAAAAACUUCAAGGGCGAAGAUUGGGUAGACCCAACACCGCCCCCCUCCCAUUUGCCCCAUGUCGACGAAGUAGGCAGCACCGGCGCACCGCUCAAAUCCGCUUCUUUCUUCAUCGGGAGCGUGUGCAAAGAGUACAACGAGGACUUUAUGCUUUGCAAAAGCGAGAGCCGCGAUCCCAAGCACUGUCUCUUGGAAGGACGCAAGGUGACGCGGUGCGCGAUCGAUGUUUUGCAGAAGAUCGAGAGCAACUGUUUGGAGGAGUUUAGGGCGCAUUGGCAUUGCUUGGAUGGGAAAAAUCAGGAGUUUGGUCGCUGUAGGGAGCCGGAGAAGACGUAUAAUGCUUGCUUGUUUAAGGCUCUUGGAUGGAAGAAGACCAUCCCAGGAGCACCCACAAACAAACCUGAGAUACACGAGAGAAUCCCGCUGACGAAAUAGAAAAAAGGGUUUUAUGGUUCGUAUAGGGGAGUUUCUUUUAUUUUUAUCUCUAUGCGUUUUUUUAUAUUCUUAUUGGAAACUUUCAAUACAACAAAUAAAGUUGAAUACGGGAUCAACUCGGUGCCGGCCGCCGGUGCUGGCGCAGUAUACGCCGUCACAGAGAACAUGUGAACUCGAAAAGGAAAAAUAUAUAACUCGCGCUACAUACAGCUUUUUCUUUUUGCGUGUGCAGUGCAAGUGCAGUGCUCAAAACUACAUGCGAGGGGGGUUAUUUUUUACGUCUCUUCUCUCUUUU